AUGGCCGCCCUCAUCAAGGAGAUCGUGAGCAGAAAUAAGAGGCGAUACCAGGAGGACGGCUUCGACCUGGACCUGACCUAUAUUUACCCCAACAUCAUAGCGAUGGGUUUCCCUGCGGAGCGCCUGGAAGGCGUCUACAGGAACAACAUUGACGACGUCGUACGGUUUCUAGACUCAAAGCACAAGAAUCACUACAAGAUCUACAAUCUGUGUGCUGAGCGACAUUAUGACACAUCCAAGUUCAGCUGUCGAGUGGCCCAGUACCCGUUCGAGGACCACAACCCCCCCCAGCUGGAGCUGAUCCGUCCGUUCUGCGAGGACCUGGACCACUGGCUGAGUGAGGACGAGCAGCACGUGGCGGCCAUCCACUGCAAGGCGGGGAAGGGUCGCACAGGGGUGAUGAUCUGCGCCUACCUGCUGCACCGCCGCAAGUUCCAGGAGGCCCAGGAGGCGCUGGACUUCUACGGAGAGGUCCGCACGCGGGACAAGAAGGGUGUCACCAUCCCCAGCCAGAGGAGGUAUGUUAUCUACUACAGCUUCCUGCUGAGGAACCAGCUGAUGUAUAAACCCGUCGCUCUGCUCUUCCACAAGAUGCUGUUUGAGACCGUCCCCAUGUUCACCGCUGGCACCUGCAACCCUCAGUUCGUGGUGUACCAGCUGAAGGUGAAGAUCCACACGUCCAACCCGGCUCACACCCGGCGGGAAGACAAAGUGAUGCUGUUUGAGUUCCCGCAGCCACUUCCUGUCUGCGGAGACAUCAAGGUGGAGUUCUUCCACAAGCAGAACAAGAUGAUGAAGAAGGAAAAGAUGUUCCACUUCUGGGUCAACACCUUCUUCAUCCCGGGGCCGGAGGAGAUCCCGGAGCGGCUGGAGAACGGCGGCGGCGCCGACAGGACGCAUCACAACCUGGGCGUCAUGGCGACGGCGGAGAUGAUGACGCCAACAACAGGCGGAGAGGGCAACGACUUCCUGGUUCUCACGCUGACCAAGAACGACCUGGACAAGGCCAACAAAGACAAGGCCAACAGGAACUUCUCCCCCAACUUUAAGGUGAAGCUGUUCUUCACGAAGACGGUGGAGGAGGCCGCGGACUCCGACGCCGGCAGCACGGCGCCCUCGGUGACGCCGGACGUCAGCGACAACGAGCCGGACCACUACCGCUACUCAGACACCACGGACUCAGACCCUGAGAACGAGACGUACGAGGACCAGAGGCACAAUCAGAUCACCAAAGUCUGACACACACACACAGACACAGACACAGACACACACACAGACACAGACACACACACAGACACACACACACACACACAUAUAUAUAUAUAUAUAUAUAUAUAUAUAUAUAUACACACAGACACACAGACACACACAGACACACACACACUCGGUAUGUUUACGCCCCAGACUCAGCCCUGUGUGUUAGCUAACGCUAGCUAACGGGGGGAUAUACAGCUGGACCACGCCCCCCCCCUCUCCUCUCCUCUCCGAAAUCUUCUGGACAAUCACAUGACGCGGAGGCCAGGAGGGGCGGGGCUUAGCGUGUGGGCGGGGCCAGACAGCAGAUGGCCAAUAAGAUGGACGAAUGGACCAGAGAGUUCCAAAAUAAAAAGGAGUAAAACUUGAAUAUAAACUGAAAGUAGACUUGUGUCGGAUAACCCUAACCCCCUUGUGUCCUUCCUUCCUUCCUUCCUGACCAGCUGUAGGAGCCUUUAUGCAGACCAAUCUUUCUCUUUCUCUUCAAUCUUCUCGUGUGUUUGCUGUUCUCCGGCGGUUGGCUCUUCUCUCCGUGCGCUCACGUUUUUAAGAUCGUUCGGUUCUGAAGGUCUCGCUUCACACUUCCAGGCCGUUGGGGUUUUUAUUUUAGUUUCUAAAAGAGCAGCAAAGAAAUCUAAAUCUUC